UGACAACUAGAACAACAAUACACAAAGUCAGCAGACUCUUCCCGUUUGUCUAAUUCAAACACCUAAAAGCCUCCAUAUUUUCUGAGAUUAAAUCACGUGAACGCAUUUCAGUCAGUAUGUCCAAACAUCAGUGUGACCGACCUGUGCAGGUCAGUGACCCCCAGAGGUGUGACACCGGCGAGGCGUGGCUCCCGAGCGGAACUUCUGAUUGGCUGCUGGACUUUAGGUGCUGAAGGUGCUUCCCCGGGGAGAGGAGAGCAGCCCUCACUGCUGCAGACUCCCGCUGAAGUGCAAUGCCUCGAUUCACCGUACAUAUCCGAGAUGAGUGGCUGGCAGUGCCCUGCAAGGACGCCACCAAUACCAUCCAGUGGCUCGGACAGGAAGCCCUUAAACGCUACAUUAAGAACAAACCGGACAACGGCGGCAUCAAGGAUGUAAAGGACGCCCAGUUUGUGGUGCGCAGGUGCCAGGGUCUGGGCCUGCUGGACACCGAUGACACUAUUGAAGAUGUGCUGGAGGAUAAUGACUUUGUGGAGCUCGCUGUCCAAGGAGACACCAUGUCCACUGACUUUAUCCCGUGUCAGCCCGGAGUAUCCCACCUCACUGCAGCAUACAAAGAAUCCGCGGAGUUUCUUUCCCUAGAUGGCAACAGCCUGACAUCGACAGAUCUGGUCAAUUUAGGAAGAGGACUCUACAAGAUAAAGCUGACUCUGGAGGCCGAAAAAAAAGUGGUGCAAUCCAGAGAGCUGUUGGAUACCAUUGUCAAAGAAAACAAAGUUGUCUAUGGAAUCACAACAGGUUUUGGCAAAUUUGCCAGAACAGUCAUUCCUGUCAGCAAGCUCAAGGAGCUGCAGGAGAACUUGGUGCGGUCACACUCAGCAGGUGUUGGAAACCCUCUAAGCCCAGAGAGGACCCGCAUGCUGCUCGCUCUGAGGAUCAAUGUUCUGGCCAAAGGGUACAGUGGAAUAUCUCCGGAAACGCUUCAUCAAAUGAUCCAAGCCUUCAACGCCUCCUGCCUCUCCUUCGUCCCAGAGAAGGGAACAGUGGGUGCGAGUGGAGACCUGGCUCCUCUUUCUCACCUGGCCCUGGGGCUGAUGGGAGAGGGGAAAAUGUGGUCUCCCAAGAGCGGAUGGGCAGACGCCAAAUAUGUCCUAGAGGCCCAUGGACUGAAGCCCAUAUCACUGAAACCUAAAGAGGGUCUUGCUCUGAUUAAUGGGACCCAGAUGAUCACGUCUCUGGGGGCGGAGGCUGUGGAGCGAGCCGAGGCCAUCGCUCGGCAGGCCGACAUCAUCGCUGCUCUGACCCUGGAGGUGCUGAAGGGAACCACCAAGGCCUUUGACAGUGACAUUCAUAAACUGCGGCCCCACCCCGGACAGAUCGAGGUGGCCCUGCGCUUCCGCUCGCUGCUGGACUCUGAUCAUCAUCCAUCUGAGAUUGCAGAGAGCCACCGGUUCUGUGACAGAGUGCAGGAUGCCUACACCAUGCGCUGCUGUCCUCAGGUCCAUGGAAUCACCAAUGACACAAUCAAUUUUGUCAAGAACAUCAUCAAUACAGAAAUCAACAGCGCCACUGACAACCCUAUGGUGUUUUCCGAAAGAGGAGAGACCAUUUCAGGUGGGAAUUUCCAUGGUGAAUACCCGGCUAAAGCUCUGGACUUUUUAGCCAUUGCAGUCCAUGAGCUGGCUUCCAUCAGUGAGCGCAGGAUCGAGAGGUUGUGUAACCCGUCUCUGAGCGAGCUGCCGGCCUUCCUCGUCAACGAAGGAGGACUCAACUCCGGCUUCAUGAUCGCUCACUGCACCGCUGCUUCCCUGGUUUCAGAGAAUAAGGUUUUGUGUCAUCCAUCGUCUGUGGACUCCUUGUCCACCAGCGCAGCCACAGAGGACCACGUGUCCAUGGGGGGCUGGGCUGCCAGGAAGGCCCUGAGGGUCGUGGAGCAUGUGGAGCAAGUUCUUGCUAUAGAGCUGUUGGCAGCCUGUCAGGGUAUCGAGUUCCUCCGCCCUCUCCGCACCACCACUCCGCUGGAGAAGGUCUAUGAACUCGUGCGCAGUGUAGUCAAACCGUGGAUGAAAGACAGAUUCAUGUCUCCGGACAUUGAAGCUGCUCACAGACUUCUACUUGACCAGAAGGUGUGGAAUGUGGCCAAACCUUAUAUCGACAAGUAUAAGACCGAGGUCAUCCCAGAGUCUCGCCCAGUCUCUCCGACCGCCUUCUCUCUGGAUCCGCCGGCGUCACCGAGGAAGCGCUGUCGUCAUGAGUGAAAACAUGUCUGAUCUUUGCUAUUUUUAAUAAAAAAAAAUACCCUUUGCAUUCCAAAGAUUUAUUUAAAGAUGCAGCAUUGUUUUGUCCCUUGUAGACUUAAUUCAUAAGUAGAUUUCUGGCCUUUUUAGGGUUUUAAUCCUUGGUGUAUUAGUAAUUUAAGAAUUGGUGCUGUUCCUCUAGUAAUUUUGGUGGGUUGAACACCUCUGUGCACUAGAGUUGUAUUUAUCUAGACUUUUGUUGUCCCUUUAAAAUGUGCCUAAUUUAGUUUUUACUGCCACAUUACUACCUCAGCCAUUGUAACCUUUUCACAUAAAAAAGUCCUUAAUGAUGUAACACAAACAAUACUACGAUUAAACAUUGUUGUUGUUUCUCUGGUAUUAUCAUAUGAAAUCUAAAAUGAUUGUCAUCUGUAUAUUUCCACUUAGACAGCAAUACAACUUUUGAAAGCUGCAUUCUUUAA